AUGAGGUCGCCAAUUCCCGGCGAAGUAAUGGACAUUGGCAACUUGAUGAAUCAAAGAGCUAUGCAACAACACGCCCCCAUGCCCACCGGAACGACACCGGAGCGCCAGAUGCCUCAACUUCCUCAACUCACCGCGAGAAACAUGCCCGAACCCCCGAUGGACCGCGCCGGUUCUCCUCACGGCUCCGAACACUCCCAGUACUCGCGUCACACGAUGGACGGCGUCCCUCGAUCGUACCCUUCGCCGACCGCCAUGGUCGGUGGCCCGAUGCCCAUGCAGGUGCCUGUGUCUCACAUGGCUCCCAUCCUGCCCGGCAUGCCCUCCGACAUGGGUCAAAUGCAUCAAUACAAGGCCCCCGAGCCUCAGCAGCCCCAGCAGCCGACAAAGGCUUACCCGUGCAGUACCUGCGGCAAGGGCUUUGCCCGUCGCAGCGACUUGGCUCGCCACGAGCGCAUCCACAGCGGAAUCCGCCCGCACGUGUGCGACUUCCCCAACUGCGGCAAGCAGUUCAUCCAGCGAUCUGCGCUGACCGUCCACCAACGCGUCCACACCGGAGAGAAGCCUCACAUGUGCGAACGCUGCGGCAAGCCCUUCAGUGACAGCAGCAGUCUGGCCCGUCACCGCCGCAUCCACUCCGGCAAGCGCCCGUACAAGUGCCCGUACGCCGACUGCCAAAAGACCUUCACUCGUCGCACCACCCUGACGAGACAUCAAAACCACCACACCGGGACCGUCGAGGAGGCCGCUGCUGCCACCGCCGCCGCUCUGGCUGCUCGCGGCGCUGCUGCCAAGCCCACCCGCUCCGACGGCGAUGCCAUGUCUAACCGCGGCUCGCCCUUGACGACGCCGUCUCCCGGCCAGCGCACCCUCUCAAUGUCUCCCAGCGCGGACAACAUGCACCGUGCCACCGCUGACUUCCAGUACAUGGGCAACAGCUCGCUGCCUGUUCACCUGCAACGCGACAUGCACGUCGGCAGCCCCGCCUCGACGUCCUCGGCCGGCUACAACAACGGCAUGAGGCCGACGUCGCACCCCACCGGCUACGGCCCUCCCCCGACCUUGGAGCCCAGCGUCGAGCAGCACUCGGGUCCCGGCAGCGCAGGCGGAAGCCCUCACAUGAGCAGCGUCGGCUGGCAGUCGCCCUCCCACGUCCCGUCGCCCUCGCACAGCAGCAACGGCGGUAACGGAUACACCUACCCCGAUCCCGACGGCUACCCGGCGGCGCCCUCCCUGGGCGGCCAGAUGUUCUAUGGCAAUGCGGGACAGGUUCGUCGGCCCCAGAGCACGGAGCCUCCCACUGCUUACGACAUUAAGGGACGUCAGAGCGAGCUGUGGGCAGGCGCCCACUAG